AUGGUUCCUAAUUUAAACGUGUUGCAUGCAGUUUGUGCUGUGCUACUUUUCAAUAUUUUCGUAAAAACCGACGCAGAACUAUUCACGGCAAUAGCUGAAGUUGAAUAUUUACUGGAAACACACAAGAGGAUAAUAGACGACCUAGAUUUUUAUAUUGACAAUGAAGAGAAACGAUUGACUACCCUUAAGAGGCAUUUAAAUCUCUAUAAACGAGAACAUGAAAGGGCGAUGAAAGAUAUUCCCAACUAUUUGGGUAAUCCCAUCAAUGCUUUUACCCUUAUCAAAAGACUGACGACAGAUCUAGAUAAUAUAGAAGAUAGUAUUAAAAUAGGAACAGAAUUUAUAAAGAAUGUAACAAUGAACCACCCGGAUGUCAAAUACCCAGCGCUGGAGGAUCUAACAGGCGCUGCACAAGCACUCACUAGGUUGCAGGAAACUUAUCACUUGGAUAUUAAAGAGCUUGCUGAAGGCAAAUUAAAUGGCGUUGUUUAUAGUACACCAAUGACAGCAAGCGACUGCUACGAGUUAGGUCGAGUGCUAUACAAAGAAUCAGAUUUCGUGAACGCACGCACAUGGAUGUUUGAGGCUCUCCGAAAAUAUGAGGAAGAAAAACAACCUUAUCCGUUUACUGAUGUUGAUAUACUAGAGUAUAUUAGCUUUACAUAUUACCUGUUAGGUGAUACAAAGAGUGCACUAGAAUGGACGCAAAAACUUUUAAAGGUAGAUCCAAAACACUCUCGAGCUGUGGGUAACAUACCACAUUACCAAAAGAGUAUUACCGAAGAAGAGACUAAACUUAGGAAGGCACGCAGAGGGGAAACUGGCCUCGAGCAACGAGAUGUGGAACCGGCCGAGUUGACAGGUUAUGAAAAAGAGAGAAAGUCUUAUGAGGCGUUGUGUCGAGGUGAUAUGGAUAUACCUAUUGAAAUAUCCAGCAGGCUGACAUGUCGUUACAUGACUGAAAACGACCCGUUUUUGAAAAUAGCGCCUAUUAAAGUGGAGAUGAUGUACCUGGACCCUGCCGUGGUUUUGUUUCACGAUGUGUUGAGCGAUGCUGAAAUUGAAACCAUCAAAGACAUGUCAAGGCCUAGAUUCAAACGUGCUGUAGUCCAUGAUCCUAAGACCGGCGAGCUGGUUCCAGCGAACUACCGUAUAAGCAAAUCAGCUUGGUUACGAGACACAGAGUCGGAGACCAUAGCCCGCAUUUCGCGUCGUGUGAAACACAUGACCGGUCUCAGUAUGGACACGGCUGAGGAACUGCAAGUCGUCAACUAUGGGAUCGGCGGGCACUAUGAGCCACAUUAUGAUUUCGCAAGAAAGCAAGAGAACGCCUUCACUAAGUUCGGCGGCAAUAGAAUAGCCACUGUGCUGUUUUACAUGUCGGACGUGGCUCAGGGAGGCGCCACGGUGUUCACGGAGCUGGGUCUGAGCGUGUUCCCGGUGAAGGGCGCGGCUGCGUUCUGGCUCAACUUGCACGCGUCGGGAGAAGGGGACUUCGCCACCAGGCAUGCUGCCUGUCCUGUACUACAGGGCUCUAAGUGGGUAUGCAACAAAUGGCUUCACCAAGGCGGUCAAGAGUUACUCAAACCUUGUAACCUGGAAUACCAAGAAGAGGGCAUCGUCCGCAAGAUCCCUCGCCCAGUCCCGAAGACAUCUAGGUAG